AUGUCACAUCAACAUGAAUAUCGCCAGUGGCCAUUCCUCACCGAGGAAGAGUUCAAUCUCGCCUGUGCCUUUCUGGAUCAGCGUUAUAUCAGAGCCCAGCUCGGCCCCACCCGGAAGAUCUUCAAAAUAAAUUCUAGGCGAACCGCAACCACGGGUGGACUUUCCAUUGAAAUACUCCGCAUCCUACAGCUCCCCAAUGACGAAGAUGAGUUAUCACUGGCCCUGGGAAACUUGAGUGGUGGUGAGGAUCAUUCACAAAUGGACAUGGAUAUUUCGAAUGAAGAAGCCGACAAGGUAUGUAUGUUGUUGUUGAUGAUUGUCUCUUGGCUUUUGCAGUCACACGUUUAUCUCUCGCCUGUAUUGAUACCAAACGUGCAACUAAAGAUGAUUAGGAAGCGCUCCAACCUCAGCAUCCAAAUGGCCUUCCAAAUUACAGUCUCUACCCACACCAGCCAUAUGUCACUUAUGAAAUACACCUACACCCCACUUACAGAAUGCCUACUUUGUGGUUUACUUUGCACGAUCUUCCCAUGGAAGAUCCCACAUUUGAUCUGAAUUCCGUUUACCGCUAUCUCGUCCCCCAAGAGUACAAGACUCAACUUCGAGCAGCUGGAUUCACAGGUGGGAUUUCUGCUGCAGUAAGUACCGAGAACCACCAGCCUGCCCACUCUCAGAUGCAUUGAAUGUCGACGCGUGACAAAAUGGAAAUACUGAUUCACGUCUUAGCCACAUCCAGUAACUGAUGUCCCAGCCUUCUUCAUCCAUCCGUGUCAGACAAAAGAAGCGAUGGAGAACUUUGAUAUCCCCUUGGACAAAUACCUUAUGGUCUGGAUCGGAUUAGUAGGUGGUUGCGUAGGUUUAUGGAUCCCCCCAGAGAUGGCGAAGGAUGAGUAG